AUGGCUGCGAAAGAUGGCCCGGGAUCACAAGACUUGGGGCACAGGUUCUGGCCCAUGCUGUCCUACGCUUGCGGCGAGCUAUGUGUGAUCAUACUGCUCUACGUGGCUGCCUUGGCAUCCUAUGCAGCCACAAGGUUGGUGCGCAUCUGCGGGCUCCGGCCGCCCUGCAUCAUGUGCACGAGGCUGGACCGUGCCCUCCAUGGAAAGCCAUGGUUCUCCGGGGACUUGGUUUGUGCCGUGCAUCGCUCUGAGAUCUCAUCUCUGGCUCACUGCAAGAGCCAUGACCAGCUUGCACGCUCUGGUGAUCUCUGCAAAGCAUGCCUACUUUCAUGCAAAGCGGUAGGUGUCGGUGUGGAGGUGAACUCUCGGUCUGCAUCCAGCAGGUCAACAAGGUUGUGUUCUUGUUGCUCGGAUCCAUUCAAGAAUGCUCGCAGCGCGCAGAAGCAUUCUGAAGCAGCCAAUGCUGUCGAGUCUUGGGAUAGUGUACCUGCAGAUCAUCCAAAUGAGAAGACUUUUGUGGUGGGUAUUGAGGAAGUCCAUGAAUCAGAUGGCUCACCAGGCUCACAUGGACAAUCUAGAAAGGACAGCGCCCCUUCUGCGAAUGUUGGGACAGCAAAGAGCAACUAUAGAUCGGCCGCACCAACACGCAUUGCUGUGGACCGCAACGGCAGCGUGAAAAAUGCUUCCGUUCCUAGGGUCAACUUGACAUCUCCUCGGCCAUCAGAAAUUAUCUCUGCUAGGGACAGCAACUCAACAACCCAGCAAGAAGUGAAGGCACUCCUUUCUCAGAUAUCUUCUGUACGGGGCCUCGAUAGUUCUUCCAGUGAAGGAUCUCCCAGCCCUGGUAUCAAUGCUCUGAAUGAAGAAAGCAACCCUACGAGCAAGAGGCCAUAUCUCGAGAGGAACUAUUCUGUGCUGGAACCUUCAGACGGGAGCCUCACCGACGAUGUUGAAGGGGAGAGUUCUCUCGAGAACGUAAAGAAACAGCUUGAGCUCAACAAGAAGUCAAUGGCUGCUCUUUACAAAGAGCUUGAGGAAGAAAGGAGCGCUUCGGCAGUCGCAGCUAGCCAGACGAUGGCCAUGAUCAAUAGAUUGCAGGAGGAGAAGGCUGCAAUGCAGAUGGAAGCACUGCAGUACCUGAGGAUGAUGGAACAGCAGGCGGACCACGACCAUCUAGCAAUACAGGAUCUACAUGAUUUACUUACAGAGAGGGAGAAAGAAUUGCUUGACUUGGACGCUGAACUUGCACACUGCAGGAGGCUCCUGCAGAACGAUCCAUUCAAUGGUGACGGACUUAAUGGAACUGAUACAAUGAACAACACAGAUUUUGUGGGGAGAGCCAUGUCGCAUUUUGAAGACGAUAAGGCAUACAUUUUGGAAUCCUUGAGCAGAUUGGAGGAAAAUCUUGGCAUUUCCACGAACAGACUUGCUUCUGGUGACGCCAGAAAUAGUCAAGAAGACAUACUGUUUGAAGAUCAUACAAGAGCUGAUGGAUCUCCUUCCAACAGUGACAAGUUGAGUGGUGUAGCAAGUCUUAAGAUUGAAAUUUCUCUGUUGAAUAUAAGACUGAGGGCACUUGAAGAGGAUCAGGAGUUUCUCAAGCAGGUAUUGAGUUCCCUCCGAUGUGGUAGUGAUGGACUGCAGUGUAUACAGGAGAUAACCAGCCAUUUAGCAGAGUUGCGAAGAGUUGUGACUCAUUAA